AUGGGUGAUACAGUACAGAAGAGGGGUGGAAAUGCAAAAUGCAUGGCGCACCACAGAAUGUUGCAAGAGUGGAAGAAGCCUUCGGCCCAAGCCUCAAGCAUUCUGCAUGCAAAAAGAGACAAACCAUAUUUUAUGUUCUAUUGGUCUCUUGUUUGGCUUUCAUGUAUUUUCCUUGCUUCACACUUAUUUUCACUAUUUUUUGGAUCAGGUACUCCACUCUGCACAAAAGAGGAAAUGACUCAAGAGGAAAUCAGUGUAAGAGCUAUGCGGCAGGCAGUAUAUAAUGGAGAUGUUGAUGCAUUAAAAGAACUGAUAUCAAAAGGUGCCAAUUCAAAUGCAGAAGUUCGCAGUGAUGAGCCACUGCUGUUAUGUGCUGCUGUCUACAAUGAAGUGGAAAUCAUCAGAUAUCUGCUGAAAGAUGCCCAAGUUCCAAUAGAAUCACGUAAUAAACGUGGUCACACAGCGUUUUUGACUGCAGCAUCAUGUGGAAGUCUGGAUGCUGUGCGGUGCAUGCUCUCAGUUGGCGCUGACGUCCUGGCGAGAACUGCACUGGAUGAGACAGCACUGCAUCUCUCUGCACGCACUGAGUCAGUGGAGACUUUCAAGUUUCUCCAGGAGUCAGGAAUUCCUGUGGAUGCCCUGGACAUUCGUGGCAGGACUGUCCUCCACCAUGCAGCUCAGUAUGGAUAUCCAAACAUGGUGGAAUGUAUCCUGCAAGGGGGAUGGCUGCCUGUUGACUGUCAAGACAAGGAUGGACAAACACCACUGAUGUUGACAGCAGACUUCCCAAGGAGGAUAAAUGGAUGUAUUUUUAAUCCAGAAACAUCACACCAAAUACCAUUUGCGAAACUGUCCAGGGAUAGGCAUUGCCCAUUGAUUCUGGAUGCAGCUGAUAUUGGAGGAAGAGCGGGUCUCUGUCCUGAUCUGCAGCCACUUUUACCCAAUCAAUAA